GCGCCCUGUACCAGGGGCACGUGGGAGAGCUUGGGAGCAACCUUUGGAAGCCUGUGCACAGGGAAGGCUGGCAUGGCGGCCUCUGGAAGCCCCUGGCAGGUGUCGGGGGAGGAAUGGAGGGAAAACACUGGUUUGGGGAUGAGUGCCUGACGCUGCUGGUUCCCGCAGAGAGCUGGCAGCCGAGAUGGCAGCGGCUGCUGGGCGAGAUCACCUUCCAGCUUGACCGCCGAAUCGUCCACAGCGUCUUCCCCAACGCGGAUCGCUACCGCGGCUUCAGUGCCGCCACCAUCCCCGAGGGAAUCGUGGAGAUGGUCGAGGAGACGGAGCGGGGAGCUAGCCGUGAUCUGAGCGUGGCCGCAAUCUGGAACUAUGAGUUUGUGAUGAGGCGACUGUGGGCACUGGGCUACGUCCCCGAGGUGCACUUGCCCGCAAUCGAGGCCUUCAUCAACACCUACGGCCGCCUGGAGCGGUCGUACUGGUUCCCGGCCGAGCCAAACGUGGCCUUCCUGCGCCACGUGGUCAGCCAGGAGGUGCCGCCGGAUCUGCGGCCCAACGCCAUGGUGCUGCUCGAGUGCCUGCUGCAGCUGGCACAGGAGUACGGGCAGCCCCUCUUCUGCUACUGAGCGGCUGUGCCAAGACAUGAGCCCUGUCCCGGCUGCGCCUGCAGCAGCCGCCGCCUGGUGCCACGCAAUAAAGCUGUGGGUCUAUCUCA